UCUUCACGAACAACUUCGGAUUCUUGGUCACGUAGAUUGUGUGUAUGUGCCACGAAAAAUAUAGAGCUGUACCAACUCUUUGAUAACGAAUAAACAACUCGAAAUCUACACCACACCAGCGUAUUGGUCCUCCAGGAACAGCCUUUCUCUGUUCUCCCCAAUCUUGACCACACAUCAUAUCCACCCACCUCACCCAUCUCACUCACUCACUCACAAACAACCCUCAAACACCACACCACACACACCUCACCCAAACCACUCCCAGGCAAGCAAAAAUGCCUCCCAAAAAACCCACCCCCCCAUCAACUUACCUCCGCCUCAAACACGCCCGCACCACCAUCCUCCUCCUCGCCUCCCCCAUCACCCCCCUCUCGACGCUGGUUGCAGACCUCCUCUCCGCGCUGCAAGAGCGGUAUCCUCAUGGUUUGCCGAUCUUGACUACCACUACCAGGCGCGACCCGGUCACCUCCCGUGCCGCCGGGGUCUCUGGUACCGGCGACGCUGAGGAUGAGGAUGAGGAUGGUGAGGGUGACGAUGAAAUGGAGGUGGUGGUGGUGGAAACUCUCACACCGCUACCGAAGUCGGUGGAGGAGAUAGAGUUGGCGGUCCCGAAUGAUGCGUAUGAUCCCGCGGCGGGGUGGAGGGAGAUUGAUUGGGCGGAGGAGGGGGGGGAGGGGAUGAAGGGUGUUGGGGUGGCGGAAGGGGGGGUGGUGGCGUUUAGGGUUAGGGGGGAGGAGGGGUGGGGGGUUGAGUGGCCGAGGUAUGAUGAGGAGGAGGAGGAGGUGGAGGAGGGGGAGGGGAUGGAGAUGGAGGAGGAAGGGGGGGGGGAGAUGGAGGUUGUGGUUGGGAAGGGGAAGGGUAGGGAGGAGUAA